CGAGUGACACAUAGGGAAGGGUGGCUUUCCCCCUUUUUUGUUUUUCCUCCUCCAGUAUUAUGAAUGAAAGUCUGUUCUUUGAUUUUAGCCCUGCACCCGUUAUUAUCAGACAUUAUCAAUAAGGUACUGACAAAGAGCCGAACUAAGCUCGCAUAAAUUAGUUCAAGAUGUCUGCAAGUGCGGUGUAUGUCUUGGAUUUGAAAGGAAAGGUCCUGGUGUGCAGAAAUUACCGAGGAGAUGUGGACAUGUCGGAGAUUGAGCACUUCAUGACACUUCUGAUGGACAAAGAAGAGGAGGGGACGCUCUCUCCAAUCCUGGCCCAUGGUGGAGUCCGUUUCAUGUGGAUCAAACACAAUAACCUCUACUUGGUGGCAACAUCCAAGAAAAAUGCUAGCGUCUCGCUGGUCUUCUCCUUCUUGUACAAAAUUGUUCAGGUUUUUUCAGAGUAUUUCAAAGAAUUGGAGGAAGAGAGCAUUAGAGAUAACUUCGUCAUCAUAUAUGAGCUGAUGGAUGAGCUGAUGGACUUUGGUUAUCCUCAAACCACAGACAGCAAGAUUCUGCAAGAAUACAUAACCCAGGAGGGGCACAAGCUAGACACUGGCGCCCCACGACCCCCUGCCACAGUCACCAAUGCCGUCUCCUGGAGGUCAGAGGGCAUCAAGUACAGGAAGAAUGAGGUUUUCCUGGACGUCAUUGAGUCAGUCAACCUCCUGGUUAGUGCCAAUGGUAAUGUUCUACGUAGUGAGAUCGUUGGCUCCAUUAAGAUGCGUGUGUUCCUGUCUGGAAUGCCUGAGUUGCGGCUCGGCCUUAACGAUAAGGUUCUGUUUGAAAACACUGGACGUGGGAAGAGUAAAUCAGUAGAGCUGGAAGAUGUCAAGUUUCACCAGUGUGUUCGUCUGUCUCGUUUUGAGAAUGACCGUACCAUCUCCUUCAUUCCUCCUGAUGGAGAGUUUGAGCUCAUGUCCUACCGCCUCAACACUCAUGUGAAGCCCUUGAUCUGGAUUGAAUCUGUUAUUGAGAAGCACUCCCACAGUCGGAUCGAGUACAUGAUCAAGGCAAAGAGUCAGUUCAAAAGGCGUUCCACAGCCAACAACGUGGAGAUCCACAUUCCUGUGCCAACGGAUGCUGACUCACCCAAAUUCAAGACCACAGUGGGCAGCGUGAAAUGGGUGCCUGAGAACAGCGAGAUCGUCUGGUCAAUCAAGUCCUUUCCUGGUGGAAAGGAGUAUUUGAUGCGAGCCCACUUCGGUCUGCCGAGUGUAGAGGCAGAAGACAAGGAGGGGAAGCCACCAAUCAGUGUCAAGUUUGAGAUCCCGUACUUCACCACCUCAGGCAUCCAGGUGCGCUACCUAAAGAUCAUUGAGAAGAGUGGAUAUCAGGCCCUGCCGUGGGUACGCUACAUCACCCAAAAUGGAGAUUACCAGCUCCGGACCCAGUAGGCAGCGCCUCAGCCGGCAGUAGGCAGGUGGAAAUCAGAGGGGGCGGAGUCGAGCCGUUAAUGUGCUAUCAAUGGCAGGUGUCACUCAUGAGACCAGAGGACUGUCGGUAUAUACUUUUUGUUUUGUUUUUGUAUUUGUUGAAGUUACAUAAAUUUUUGAUCAAUGCAAACAUUAGACUGAGUUAGAGAUGGUUUAAAAAAAAAAAAAAAAAGUAAUUAUGUUUUACUACUGUGUGGCUCCUAUUGUGAGCGAAUGCCAAGGAAAGCAGGAGUAAUGUUUACAUCCAAACCAUAGAUUGCAGAGAAGUACACAAUCUAUCACGAUGGGUCAGAUGGUUAAAAAGUAUGUUACAAUUCUCACUUAAAGUUACUGUAAUCGCCUCCACACAGGUUAAUAACACACUCUCUCGGUCAGUCUGAGUAUGAUAUUUUAUAUGAAGCUGCUUUGUUCUGUCACAAUUCCUAUUUGUUGAUUAUCUGUAUAUAUUUGUUACAUGUUAAUGAACUUCAAUUCAGUGUUAUUUGUUUCAUAACUGUAAAUUAAAAAGCAGAGUUCUCUCUUUUCUUUGUAUUAUCACCUCCAUGUGAUGCCAUUGAUAGAUGCCAGAGCGAUGCCUUCCUGCAUGGCUGUUGUGCUUUCUAUUCGUCAGUUUGACUCCUUACGACAUUCAGCUUUACAGAGAAAAAUCAGAUGCGGUCAGUUUUAGUUGCACGGUAAAUAGAAUACCAGUUGAAAAUCCCUCUUUCCAUCCCAACACCUGUUUCUCCCCCCCCCCCUCUGUAACCAUAUUUCAAAUCAUUAAAUGUCUAUUUAGAGAAACUG